GCGGGGGGUUCUGCGCGCGAAUGGCAUGGGAAGCUCGUUGGGUCCCACAUGCCACAGCUCAGCUCCGCAUGGGGAAAGAGUGUGGGGUGAUCCAAAAGCACGUCAUCGCCGCCGACAAUGAGCACGCCCGUUUGGGUGGUGCGCCCCUUUCGGCGCAAGGGGUCCAGGCUGCAGCCCAACAAGGCCGAUAUCCGGUGUAGCCUGCCCACCAGCUGCUGCAGCAUCCCACGGGCCAGUCCGGGGCUGUGGGCCGUGGGCCGUCAAUGCCAGGCACCCAGGCAUCACAGCCUGCCAUUGUCACAGCAAGCCCGUUUCACCCAGAGGAACACCAUGUUCAAUGGCAUGCCAACUCGCAACCUUUCGGUGUCCUUUCUUGGCGGCCAAUGCCCUUGGAGUCCACCCUUGAAAGUCCUUCGCAUUCUUCUUGGCGCCGCUUUUGAGAAGCAGCCUCGUGAUUUGCGCGUACCCUUUGUCGGCAGCUUGGUGCAGCGGCGCUCAGGAGUGCACGGUUAUAGCACCUGCUUUUAUCAGCAGCUGCGCAACGUUUUCGUGCCCCCGCUCGGCGGCUAA